AUGGAGGCAGAGUCAAAUAGAGGGUUUUGUAAUGAAGAUAUAAGUUCAUCUAUGAGUAGACAUGCGAUAUCAUUUCAGCAUGGGGCUAUGAAUAAUAGCAUGUCAGAGAUGGUUCCAAUGGGUAAUUAUUUUGGGUUGAGUAGUUCAUCUGGUAUGAUAUAUUCUGGAAAUUCAACUUUUGUCCACAACACCAAUCCUGUUGUAAGUCCUCAAGCUGGUGGCUCUUCUCUUCUUCUUGAUUCGGUUCCAGGGUUGAAGCAUGACACAGGCUUGGCUGUUGAGUGGUCUCUUGAUGAACAGUAUAGAUUGGAGGAAGGCCUUGCCAAUUAUGCGAAUGAACCAAGUAUCAUGAAGUACAUCAAAAUUGCUGCUGCGUUGCCUGAUAAAACUGUUCGCGAUGUUGCUUUGAGGUGUAGGUGGUUGACAAGAAAGCGAAGGAAACCAGAUGAGCAUUGUUUAGGGAAGAAGAUCAAUUACAGAAAAGAUAAGCCGGUGGAGUUAGCAUCACAUUCAAAUUUGCAUUCGGCGCUGCCCCCGAGCAUGAGUUCGUAUUCUCCCAUGUCACGCACUAUUGAACAAAGUCAACGGAUACUAUAUGAUGGAAUUUGUGGACCUAUGAAGCAACUCAUGGAGCAGAAUGCUCAAGUUUUCAAUCAAAUUACGGCCAAUUUAUCGACGUACAAGUUGCAGGAUAACAUCGACCUCUUUUGCCAUACAAGGAACAAUAUUAAUACCAUUCUAAACGACAUGAGUGGGAUGCCUGGCAUUAUGAGCCAAAUGCCGCCACUACCUGUUGUCAUUAACGAGGAUCUCGCAAGAAGUAUUUUGAAUAAUAGAACUUAG